AUACGAGUCUCACGCGCCGAAGGUUCUUAUGCCCUAGGUCUGACCCGAAGUCUAGUAUAUUAUAAUUUUUAUAUGUUCUUAUUACACUUAAGUUUAUUGGAAUUUUUUUAGUAUUCAUUAAAUAAAUUCAAAAAAUUUCAGUGGAAAUAUUUAAAUAAUAUUGUGUUUGUACAAAAUAUUGAAUGUUAUCUAGCGUAGAGUGUAUUCAUGUGGAUUCCAUUGCUUGAAACUGAUAAGUUAUUAUAACUUCGUAUAAGAUAAGAUAAUGUUAAAAAACAUAAAAUAUAGUCUUUAAUAACGACUCGUUAUUUUAGAAAUAUUGUUUUCCGGGCUAUGACAUAUACAUUUUUAAUCAAUUAUUUGUAUUUUUACUUUAUUAAAUGGCCGUAGGUUUAAUGUUGAAAGAAACAUUAGUAUUCUUACUUGAAUUUAAAUAUUAUUUCCUAGCAUAGUAUGGAAUCUUAAUAUUAAAUUGAUGUUCUAGCAUUAUGUCUCUCAAAGAAGAGCAUUUUUUAAACAAAGAUGAUGGAAAAAGUCAAUACACUGAAAUUUGUUCCAAUGAAAUAGAUAUGAAGAAAGAUCAAAAUUUAAAUACAGUAGAAGAAAGACCAAUAUUCCAAUGUUGUAUUUGUGGCUUAACUGAGCAUUAUGACUGUUUUAGUAAUCAAGUACCAUUCAAUCGUAAUAUAAAAACUAAAGCUGAUGUAUAUAUUGCAAGAGAUCCAUUUUCUCCUCGGACUAAGAAACAGUAUUUAAUUUUAGGAUCAGCUUGUUCUAUUUGUGAUAAAGAUAUAUGUCUUAAACCAGAAUGUAGUUUAUUUUAUUCAAAAUACUUUUGUUCUUCUUGUACUCGAGUAAAUAUUACACAUUUCCCACCAAAAAUUCAAGAAAAAAUUAGAAAAACAAAUCGUAUUUAAUUUAUAUAUUAACUAUAUAGCUAAUUUUUAUGUAUUAACUUGCAACUUCAUUAAAAGUUAUUAUAAAGAAAAUAAGGUUCUCUUUAUGAAAAAAAUUUAAGUCAUUAAUUUUAACUUUUGUGUUUUUAGUUAAUUUUUUCAUAAUGAAAAUAAAUAUUAUCAGUUUUUUUAUUCAUAAUUG